AUGGCUUUGAGGGUGGUAGGGGCUGCGUUUUUGGUCUUGCUUAUUGUAGACCUCACCUUUGCUGCUAGGAUACUAAAGGCAACUGGAGGUGGAGGUGGAGGUUAUGGUUCCGGGUCUGGGGGUGGUGAGGGAUAUGGUGGUGGUAGUGGUGGUAGUGGAGGAGGAGGAGGAGGUAAAGGUGGUGGCGGUGGUGGCGGCAGCGGUGGAAAAGGGUAUGGUUCUGGCUAUGGGUCUGGUAGUGGCUCAGGCUAUGGUUCCGGUGGUGGGGUAGGGGGUGGCGGAGGUGGAGGUGGAGGUGGAGGUGGAGGAGGUGGAGGCUCUGGGUCUGGAGGUGGUUCGGGCUAUGGUAGUGGAAGUGGUUCUGGAUAUGGAAGUGGAAGUGGUGGGGGCAAAGGUGGGGGCGGUGGAGGAGGAGGAGGUGGUGGUGGUGGUGGGGUGGGCGGAGGAGGAGGUGGAUUUGGUCCUGGUUCAGGCUAUGGUAGUGGAUCGGGUUAUGGGGAGGGCUAUGGGUCUGGAUAUGGCGAAGGGGGAUAUGGUUUGCCAUGA